AAAAACAAAAUGGGAAUCGAUAUUGACCACAAAUAUGAUCGAAAAGUUCGACGCACAGCGCCAAAAAGUGAUGACCCUUAUUUGCGUGUAUUGGUCAAGCUUUAUCGUUAUUUGACUAAACGUGUGGAUACUAAAAAGCGUUUCAAUGCCGUUGUGCUUAAACGUCUUUAUAUGUCAAAACGUAAUCGGCCACCUCUUUCGAUUUCUCGUAUUGUCCGUAACUUUAAACGUCCAGGGAAUGAGAAGAAAAUAGUUGUUUGUGUUGGAACUGUGACGGAUGACAAACGAAUUUAUAAAGUUCCAGCAAUGACUGUUUGUGCUUUGCGUUUUACUACAGCAGCUCGGGCUCGGAUUAUUAAAGCUGGUGGAGAGACUAUAACUUUCGAUCAAUUGGCUUUGAGAGCUCCAAAAGGGGAAAAUACGAUGCUUUUGCAAGGACCGAGAAAGUCGCGAGAGGCUGAGAAGCACUUUGGACCUCCUCCUGGUGUUCCCGGGAGCCAUGCAAAACCGUUGGUUCGUUCUAAAGGUCGUAAAUUUGAACGCGCUCGUGGUCGUCGUGCAUCGCGUGGUUAUCGAAAUUGAGGUGGAAAUUGUUAGAGAAGAAAAAAGGUUUUGGAUUAUAUUGGAAAUAAUUUGUUGCUUUUUGUUAUGUUAAAAUUUAAUGAAAGAAAAUUUUUCUUGUUUUUUUAAUUUUGGAAUGUUCCAUGAAAUAAUAUUUUUUUGUAUAUUAAUAUAUUUUCAUUUAUUACAAGAUUAUGUUAGAGGUUAGUUUAAUCUCCUCAAAAAUGCGUGGUAAAUUCCUAAUUGUUUUCCCAGUUCCAAAGAACCAGAAAUCGUUCCGCAGUUUUUGACCCUUUUGAACCCGAAUAUAAAUGGGACUUGCUUUGUGCUUUACGUUCAGAAUGCCCUUGCCUGGGGACCAACCCAAAAAAUUUAGAACGAAACUAGAUUCUAUUUU